AUGACUUACACAUUUGCCACCUUUUUUUUCUUUCCUCUCUCCUUCUCCCUCCCCCCCCCGACCAAAUAUUUCAGGCCAGAAAUCCAGGAUAUUGACGGCAAUUCCCAGUGUCAUGGAUUAGCAAAUGAGAAAACAGAAGAUGUGGAUGAUGAAGAUGAAGAACUGGAAGAGGAGGACGACGACAGCCUGACGGGGAAGUCCCAGGACGAGCCGGUGUCGCCCACGGCGGAGCCCCGAGGGGCGUUUGAGGAUGAGGAGGAUGAGGAGCCCACGUCUCUCACCAUGAGCUUCGACCACACCCGGAGGUGUAUUGAGGAGGACGAAGCCGCCCUGUUAGAUUUGGAGCAGAUGCCGAAUUUUGGGAAGGGGCUGGAUCUUCGCAAAGCAGCCGAGGAAGCAUUUGAAGUUAAAGAUGUGUUUAAUUCCACCUUAGACUCUGAGACAAUAAAACAGACUCUGUACAGGCAGGCUAAAAACCAGGCUUAUGCAAUGAUGCUGUCCCUGUCUGAGAACGCUCCCCUCCACACGUCCUCCCAGAACUCUCUGGGCGCUUGGUUGGACAUGGCAGGAGCAGCUUCAGAGUCGGGGACCUUUAACCCCAUCAACCACCUCUGAGAGGUCCUCCAGGCACUGGCCAGAGUCCAAGCGAGGCGGCAGUGGUGCUGCAGCUAUCCUUGCAAAAUCCCAGCGAGCAGAAGAUGGAUGAGAGGGCCUCAGGGAGUCGUCUGAACUUUGGGCUGAGAAGGAAACCUGUCGCAUCCGACCCACACGUCCUGCAUUUUUACCCAUCCAGAGUUUUCCUUUCUAAUUUAUCAGAAUGAACCUCUCCCAAACUGGAUAACCCUGAUGCAGCCCCAGGAUUUCACUGUCUGUAGGAACAGCAUGAGCAAGACAUGAAUUGCAACAGUGCAAUCAAAGAUUGGCCCCUCCAACCUUACAAAGCAGUGUCACUGAGCCAGUCCAGCCUGAGCAGGAACGGCAGCUCGGAACCACACGGCAGCAUUUCCUUCCCAUCCAGAUGAGCAGGGAAGUACUGAGGGAAGAGAGCCAGGGCUGGCCUGUCCCUGGUGCAAUUCUGACACAGUCACUGGAGUCAUACCAGGGAAGGGAAAUUCAUCCCAUUUCACUGACCCCCCAAAAGAGAUCUGUGCUCCCACAGAAAUACCAGCCUGUCCUUUGUUCCCAACAAAACAUUGGCACGGCACAAAGCUCCUCGGAGGUGAGGCCUGGAGUCAUCCUACACUCUGUGCAGGUCCCAGCUGGGACAUCUCCAGCCUGGAACGUUGCUGGGGUCGGUGUGUGGACGUGUCACACCAACGUGGGUCAUCAGCUGUGCCCUGAGCACCCUCUG